AUGGGCAAUCUAACAUCGAAAACCGAUGAGACAUCAUCAUCAUAUACGCUCAAAAAUGAAAGUAAAAAGCCUCAAGCAGCUCCAAACAAGUCUCUAUCGGUGAUUCGAUCUCGUAAUGUAGAAAACUUCAUUAUAAUAUGGUUAGAUUCGAAUAUGAAAGAAUCAAAACGAAAAACUCAACAUGCAAUAAAUCAAUUCCGACAGGUAAUCAAUUCUAUUCGAACAUUUACUGAUUCUGAUCAAUGCAUGAAUUUUAUUCGUGAUAUUAAAAAUGAAAAAAUAUUUUUGAUUAUUUCUGCUGGUCUAAGUCAAAGUUUUGUUCAACUUGUUGAAGAAAUGAUUCAGCUGAUUUCGAUUUAUAUUUAUUCGAAUCAUAAAUUAAAACAGGAACAAUGGAUAAAUAACCAUAGAAAAAUCAAAGGUAUUUUUAUUCAAAUCGAACACAUUUGUGAUGCCAUAAAAAAGGAGGCUCGUCAAUGUGAAACUGAUUUAAUACCAAUUAGUAUUGUUACGAAUAUAUCAGCAACGAAUCUCGACGAACUUGAUCAAUCAUUCAUGUAUUCACAAUUACUAAAAGAAAUUCUAUUAGAAUUAGAGCAUGAUGAUAAGGCAAAAAGUGAACUCGUUGAGUUUUGUCGUGAACAAUAUGCUGAUAAUGAAAAGGAAUUAAAAAUAAUUGAUGAAUUCAAUCAAAAUUAUAGCAAACCAUCACCGAUUUGGUGGUAUACACGUGAAUGUUUUGCUUAUUCAAUGCUUAAUAAAGCUCUACGAACACAAGACGUAGAAGUAAUUAUUAAAAUGGGUUUUUUCGUUCGUGAUCUUCAUCAACAAAUUGAACAAUUGCAUUCUCAAACAAAUAAUCAACGCUCAUUUAUUGUCUAUCGUGGACAAGGAAUUUUGAAUAAUGAAUUCGAAAAAAUGAAGAAAAGUAAAGGAUGUCUUCUAUCAUUUAAUAAUUUUUUAUCAACAAGUACAACGAGGGAAGUAUCAAUGAAAUUUGCUCGUAAAGCUUUAAAUAAUCCUGAACUAGUAGCUAUUUUUUUCCGAAUGGAAAUCGAUCCGCCAAUAACGUCGACACCAUUUGCAUCGUUGGAUACGAUUAGUUAUUAUUCAGCUGUAGAAAAAGAAAUUCUGUUUUCAAUGCAUGCCGUCUUUCGAAUCGGAGAAAUGAAACAAAUCGAAGGUCGUAUGUGGCAAGUUGAUCUAAAGUUAACAAGUGAAAAUGACCCACAACUAACACAAUUGACAAAAUAUAUACGAGAAAAGAUUCGUGGUGGUACAGGUCUACAUCGAAUGGGAGCUUUGAUGCAUAGAAUGGGUGAAUUUAAUAAAGCAGAAGAAAUCUACACAAUUCUACUCGAAGCAACAUCUGAUGAUCGUAAAGAACUUGCUUUUCUUCAUCAUCAACUUGGAUAUAUUAAUGAUCAAAAAGGUGAUUUAACCACAGCAUUAAUUCACUAUAAAAAAUCACUCGAGAUUAAUUUAACUGAAAUGUCACCAGAUGAUCCUUCACUUUCACCAACUUAUUCUAGUAUCGGUAUUGUUCUAAAAAAACAAGGCGAUCUUGCAGGUGCAUUAGAACAAUAUCAACAUGCUCUUGCCAUUGAUACUAAUGAACCCGAACCUGAUCAACUGCAAAUUGCAACUCGACAUAAUAAUAUUGGCGCAGUAUUAAAGGACCAAAAAAAGUACACAGAAGCACUGGCAAGCUAUCAAAUUGCACUCAAAAUUCAAGUUGCUCAUCUUCCAUCUCGUAGUCCAUUAAUUGCAACUACGUAUAAUAAUAUUGGUUUAGUACAUUCUUCCAUGGGAGAUAAAUCUACUGCAGUUUCAUAUUAUGUAAAAUCGCUUGAAAUUUUUCAAAGAACACUAACAUCGAAUCAUCCAUCGUUGGCUGUUGCACAUCGAAAUAUAGCUAGAGCAUUAGAAGAUCUUCAACGAUAUGAGGAAGCGCUCGAACAUGCUACUCAAGCUCUUGAUAUAUCUUGUCGUGCUUUUGGUUCGGAUAAUAGUGAAGUAAAAUUGAAUCGAGAAAAUCUUAAUCGAAUUCAGCAGAAAAUUAUGGUCGAUCUUACUACGUCAGAAUAG